AUGUCUACAAGCAUAUUAAAAAAACUUUGGAAUAAACUAUCCACAGAUUAUUUGUGUUUAUUAAACCAACAAGAAUAUUGUGAUGUAACUAUUAAAGUUGGAACAAAAUCAAAUUUUCGAGUUUUUAAAGCUCAUUCAUUAAUAUUGAGAAGUAGGUCUCAAUAUUUUAAAAAUGCUUUGUCAACUUGUUGGAAUAAAAAAGAUGAUGAUGGUUUUUUUCAAGUUGACCUAACGAAUAUAUCUGAAGGUGUAUUUGACAAAGUUCUUAUAUAUAUUUACGGUGGUUGUUUACCCCUGGAUGAAAUUAAACCUUGCGAAAAAUUACGAUUAAUGGUCACAGCAGAUAUGUUGAUGAUGGAUGAAUUCAUUGACUAUCUUGAACACAACAUAAUUCAAAAAGAAAAAUAUUACAUCGCAAAAGAAACAAAUAAAUUAUUACUUGUGUCGACUCAAAUACCCCGUUGCAAAAAAUUAUUAAAUGUCUGUCAACAAUUAAUGUUACGUAAUCCGAUAACGUUUAUUCGAUCUGUGGAAUUUCUAUCGGUAUCACGUGAAUACAUUCGAGAAUUACUUGAGUUUAAUGUUCUAGGUCUCGAUGAGGAAUCUAUUUUUGAUAGUAUUAUUAAAUGGGGUAUUCAUAAUACUUGUGAAUUUACUUAUGAAUUAGACUCAGUGGAUAUAAUUGAUUAUGUAAAGAAUUGGUCUGUCGAUCAAUUUGAAGCAUUACGAUCAACAAUCAAAGAUCUUAUUCCUUUGAUUAGAUUUUUCAAGAUGGAUUCAUGCUUUUUUAAUGAGAAAUUCGGUCCUUUUAAACGAUUAAUUGAUUAUGAAUUAUAUAAUCAAAUAAUUGAAUAUCAUAAGAAUCCAAAUAUUUUAUCUUUACACAAAAUUUAUCCAUUUAGAUUAAAUUCAACUUUAAUUUCGGAAUUUCAUAUAUCUACAAUUUCUUCUUGGAUUGAAAUACCUGAGGAUCAACGUGAUCAAUAUUCAUCUCCACCUAUUAUAAAGAAAUUGCAAGGUGAUGAUAACUUUAGUUCUUUACCAUUUGAGUUUGAUUUAAUAUUUCGAAGUCAGGGAAAGAGAAUUUCAGAUUGUUUAUGGCGUCAAAAAGUUCACAAUCAAGGUCCUACUUUGACGAUUAUUAAAACUGUUAAUCAAGGAAUAUUUGGUGGAUAUAAAUCAGCUAGUUUGAGCGUUUUUAAUCGUGAAUCUCGUCAUGAUAAACUUGAAAAAAAUUUGAUGUAUGCUAUUGAAGAGGUGGAAAUUUUUAAGGUUUUAAAAAAGGUUUCUUAA